AUGUCUCAUAGUAGCUUUAUUAGAAAACGAAGACAGCUUUUGAUUGACAACCACCGUUCGAAGCUCCAAGAAAAACAUUCUAAACUUCUGUCCCACAGCCUGAACGGUCUCGUUGCGUGCGAUGACGACUUGGUUGAUUACCUCUUGCAUAGUUUUUCUUGUUUAGAUAUGCACAACCGCCUUCAGAUGCCCAAAUCUAUUGACGAUCCACUUUCCUAUCUUUUGAACCUCUUACCACCAACAUUCCUUACCAAGAAAACGAGAAAAUCAAUCGAUGCCUGGCUCAUUAGUUGGCCUUCCAUAUGUGCAAUAUUACUCGAAAUGGACUAUUUAGCUCACCUUCAGGUCCCUGAAACUUCAAACUACCUUGGUGAACCCUUUGUCAAACGCCUUCGUUACAUUCAGCAAAAAUUUUCAGAUAGUUAA